AUGUCAAUGCCAUGGCUAAUAGAUGGAGAUUUUAAUGUAAUUCUGAAUGAAGAAGAGAAGAUUGGAGGCUUGCCUGUUUUCCCUCUGGAAUAUAAAGAUUCUGCUUAUUGUAUCAAUUCCUGUGAGUUGUUUGAGGUUAACUUCAAAGGCAGCCCUUUUACAUGGUGGAAUGAUAAAACAAAUGGAGAAUGCAUUUCAAAAGGUUGGAUAGGAUCCUUGUUAAUGAUCCUUUUCAAUCAUGGUUUGCAUGCAAAUUUUCUAGAGGUAGUUAGGCAACAUUGGCAAGGUGAUUCAGCUAAUGUUUUUCUGGCUUUGAAGCAGAAAUUGAAAAGUGUGAAAUCUGCUCUAUCACAGUGGAGUAAACAUACUUUUGGGGACAUUUUCAAAAAGCUGAGCAUUAGAGAGGAGAUAGUUAGAAUCAAAGAAGCCUUGUUUGAAGAAUUUCUUUCAGAAGGUAAUAGAAUGAUCCUUCAGAGAGGACAAGCUGAACUGAAGAAAUAUGUGCAUUAUGAGGAAGAAUUUUGGAGACAAAAAGCCGGUUUUGACUAUUUUGCAGAAGGAGAUAGAAAUACAGGAUUCUUCCAUAAUAUAGUGAAGGACAGAAGGAAGAGAACUCAGAUCAAAAGAAUACAAAACUCUGAUGGUACUUGGAUUGAAGGGACUGACAAUCUAGCAGAUGAGGCAAUUUCCUUUUAUCAGAAGCAACUCACUCAAGAGUCUCAGCAGGGGGAUUUUUCAUUAUUGGAGCAUAUUCAAGAGCUGGUGACAGAGGAGGAUAAUGAUGUAUUUUGCAGCAUUCCAAGUCUUGAAGAAGUUAGGAAAGCUAUAGAAGCCAAGACGGUAUUUGAGACAGUUCUGAGAAUUAGUAGUAAAGAACUUGGAUAA